AUGACGUUCUUUUCUUUCUUUCCAACUUCAUUCCCUUCCGUCUUUUUAUCUCUUUCUUAUAACCCCCCCAUUUCUUUUUCCAUUAAUUUCUCCGGCAUUUCCGCCCACUUUCUUUCUUUCUUUCUUUCUUUCUUUCUUUCUUUUCUAUUUUUCAUUCCUUCGUUUCUUUCUUUCCUUCUUUCUUUAUUUCCUUCCUUCCUUCCUUCCUUCCUUCCUUCCUUCCUUCCUUCUUUCUUUCUUUCUUUUCUGUUCUUUUUCGUUCUUUUUUCUUUCUUCUUACAUUUAAUUCAGCCUUUCAUUAAUUCGUCCUUUCACUUCUCCAUUUCUUCUUUCUUUCGUUCAAUAUCCCAGUCAUUUCUUCAUUUCAUUUCCUUAUCUCUUGUCCUUCAUUUGUUACGAUUUUGUUAUUUAUCUAUGUUUAUUUUCCUUGAAUUCAAAUUAGUUCUUUUUUUCUUCCUUUUUUCAUUACUAAUGAUUAAAUCAUCCUUACUCUCCCUCCUUUCUCUCUAUUUUCAUCUUUUCAUUGUCAUUAUCUCCAUUAAUUCUUCUCCGUCUCGUGUUAUCUCAUCUUUCUAUUUACCGCUUCUUCUCUUCCUUUUUCUUCUUUCUUCAGCUUCUUCUUAUUAUUAUUACUUGUUGUCUUUGUCUUUCUUCUUUUGUUUCUUUCUUUUUCUUAUACUUCUUUCUACUUUUACUUUCAUCGGGUUUUUUUUUCUGUUUUUGUCACAUUUCUUUCUUUCUCCCUUUCUUUCUUCUGUUUUCGUUUCUUUUUCUUUUUGUUUAUUUCUGUUUUCUUCUUCUUCUUCUUCUUCUUCUUCUUCUUCUUCUUCUUGCUUCUACCUUCAGCUUCUUCUUCUUUCUGAUUCUUUCUUGUGUUUUUGCUUCUUCUUUUUCUUUAUUCUGUCUCUCCUUUCUUUUUCUUCUUCUUCUUCUUUCUUUAUUCCGUUUUUGUUUGUAUCUUUUCUUCUUUUUUCUUUUUCUUUCAGCUUCUUUCUUCCGGUUCUUGCUUCUUCUUUUCCUUUUAUCUGCUACUUCUUCGUCGUUGUCUUCUUGUUUUAUUGUUUAUUCCUACUGUUUUCUUUCCUUUUUCUUUCUUUCUUUCUUUCUUCUUUCUUUCUUCUUCUUACUUUGCUACUACUGCUGCUUUUUCGUAUUUCUUUUUCUGUCUGUUCCUUUCUUUUUUCUUUCUUUCUUCUUCUUCUUGUUUCUACCUUCAUUUUCUUCUUUCUUCUUCUUUCUGAUUCUUUCUUGUUUUUGCUUCUUCUUUUUCUUUAUUCUGUCUCUCCUUUCUUUUUCUUCUUCCUCUUUCUUUAUUAUGUUUUUGUUUCUAUUUUUCUUCUUUUUUCUUUUUCUUUUUCUUUCUGCUUCUUUCUUCUGUUCUUGCUUCUUCUUUUCCUUUAUCUGCUACUCUUCGUCAUUGUCUUCUUGUUUUAUUGUUUAUUUCUACUGUUUUCGUUCCCUUUUCUUUCGUUCGUUCUUUCUUCUUCUUCUUACUUCUGCUGCUGCUGCUUGUUCGUAUAUCUUUUUCUUUCUGCUUCUUUCAUCUAUUCUCGCUUCUUCUUUUUCUUUUAUCUGCCACUUCUUCGUCGUUGUCUUCUUGUUUUACUGUUUAUUUUUACUGUUUUCGUUUCUUUCUUUCUUUCUUUCUUUCAUUUUACUUCUAUUUCUACUGCUGCUGCUGCUUGUUCGUAUUUCUUUUUAUUCUUUCUUAUUGUUUCUUCUCCCCUUCUUUUUCAUUACACUUCUAGCUUUGGACAUUUUCUUCUUUUUCUUUUUCUUUUUUUUUUUUUUCUCAUUUUCUCUUCUUAUUUCUUCCGUCCUUUGUCCCUUUUUUUCUUUCAAUGCUUACCAUUUUUAGAAAACCUAAAUCCUGAUCAGAAUUCUCUUCUUUCAGACAAGUUGGUUACUUUAUCCUACCCUCCAUAUCUAUCUAUCUAUCUAUAUUGUUUUCUCUGUUCGUCUCUCACUCACUCUCUUUCCCUCUGCAGUGUUUUCUCUUAUCGUCCCUCAUUCACUGACUGUCUUUCUUUCUCACUCUCUUUAAAAUCAAUACAGAGAGAGAGAGAGAGAGAGAGAGAGAGAGAGUCUUUCAUGCACACUCUUUUCUCUCUCUCUCUCUCUCUCUCUCUCUCUCUCUCUCAGUCUGUCUGUCUAUCUUUAUCUAUCUAUCUAUGUCAGUCUGUUCAUAUCUAUCUAUCUAUCUAUCUAUCUAUCUAUCUAUCUAUCUAUCUAUCAGUCACUUCAUAUCUAUCUAUCUAUCUAUCUAUCUAUCUAUCUAUCUAUCUAAGUCUCUUCAUAUCUAUCUAUCUAUCUAUCUAUCUAUCUUUCAAUAUGUCUUCUUUGUCUAUCUAUCUCUCUCAAUUAUCUCUCUAUCUAUCUCAAUCUAUUCACUAUCUAUAUAACUUCUGUUCAUAUCUAUCUAUCUAUCUAUCUAUCUAUCUAUCUAUCUAUCUAUCUAUCUAUCUCAGUCUGUUCAUAUCUAUCUAUCUAUUUAUGUCAGUCUGUUCAUAUCUAUCUAUCUAUCUAUCUAUGUCAGUCUGUUCAUAUCUAUCUAUCUAUCUAUCUAUCUAUCUAUCUAUCUAUAUGUCUUCUUUGUCUAUCUAUCUCUCUCAAUUAUCUCUCUAUCUAUCUCAAUCUAUUCACUAUCUAUAUAACUGUCAAUCUCAAUAUAUUAUCUAUCAAAACCUGUGUCAGUCUGUUCAUAUCUAUCUAUCUAUCUAUCUAUCUAUGUCAGUCUGUUCAUAUCUAUCUAUCUAUUUAUGUCAGUCUGUUCAUAUCUAUCUAUCUAUCUAUCUAUCUAUCUAUCUAUCUAUCUAUCUAUCUAUGUCAGUCUGUUCAUAUCUAUCUAUCUAUCUAUCUAUCUAUAUGUCUUCUUUGUCUAUCUAUCUCUCUCAAUUAUCUCUCUAUCUAUCUCAAUCUAUUCACUAUCUAUAUAACUGUCAAUCUCAAUAUAUUAUCUAUCAAAACCUGUGUCAGUCUGUUCAUAUCUAUCUAUCUAUCUAUCUAUCUAUCUAUCUAUCUAUCUAUCUCAGUCUGUUCAUAUCUAUCUAUCUAUUUAUGUCAGUCUGUUCAUAUCUAUCUAUCUAUCUAUCUAUCUAUCUAUCUAUCUAUCUAUCUAUCUAUGUCAGUCUGUUCAUAUCUAUCUAUCUAUCUAUCUAUCUAUCUAUCUAUCUAUCUAUCUUCUUUGUCUAUCUGUCUAUCUCAAUUAUCUCUCUAUCCAUCCUAAUCUAUUCUCUCUAUAUAUAUCUGUCUAUCUAUCUCAAUAUAUUAUCUAUCAAAUUCUGUCAGUUUUGUUCAUAUCUAUCUAUCUAUCUAUCUAUCUAUCUAUCUAUCUAUCUAUCUAUCUCGACCUCAGUCUGUCCAUAUCUAUCUAUCUAUCUAUCUAUCUAUCUAUCUAUCUAUCUAUCUAUCUAUCUAUGUCGGUUCAUAUCUAUCUAUCUAUGUCAGUCUGUUCAUAUCUAUCUAUCUAUCUAUCUAUCUAUCUCAAUUAUCUCUCUAUCUCAAUCUAUUCUCUAUCUAUAUAUCUGUCUAUCUAUCUCAAUAUAUUAUCUAUCACAAUCUGUGUCAGUCUGUUCAUAUCUGUCUAUCUAUGUCAGUCUGUUCAUAUCUAUCUAUCACAAUAUAUUAUCUAUCACAAUCUGUGUCAGUCUGUUCAUAUCUAUCUAUCUAUGUCAGUUUUGUUCAUAUCUAUCUAUCUAUCUAUCUAUCUCUACCUCAGUCUGUCCAUAUCUAUCUAUCUAUGUCAGUCUGUUCAUAUCUAUCUAUCUAUCUAUCUAUCUAUCUAUCUAUCUAUCUAUCUAUGUCUGUUCAUAUCUAUCUAUCUAUGUCAGUCUAUUCAUAUCUAUCUAUCUAUCUAUCUAUCUAUCUAUCUAUCUAUCUAUCUGUCUGUCUUCUUUGUCUAUCUAUCUAUCUCAAUUAUCUCUCUAUCUCAAUCUAUUCUCUAUCUAUAUAUUUGUCUAUCUAUCUCAAUAUAUUAUCUAUCACAAUCUGUGUCAGUCUGUUCAUAGCUAUCUAUCUGUCAGUCUGUACAUAUCUAUCUAUCUAUCUAUCUAUCUAUCUAUCUAUCUGUCUGUCUAUAUCAAUCUCUUUAUCUAUCUACCUAUCUAUCCAUUCUCUAUCUAUGUAUCUCAAUGUCUGUAUCUAUCUAUCUAUCACCCCCCUCUCUCUCUAUCUAUUUUCCACGCUCUCUAUCUAUUUUUCUCACUAUUUAUCUGUCUUUCUAUCUAUCUAUCUAUCUAUCUAUCUAUCUAUCUAUCUAUCUAUCUAUCUAUCUAG